AUGUUCGCCUCACCAUCCAAGAAGAGAUACUCCGCAGAGAAGAAGAAGCAGCUACUUGCGAACCUAGACCUUGAAGUCGAGCACCGGACCCAACAGAUCGAGGAGUGGCUCGCAGACGUAUUACACGACUUCCGGCUCCGCCAUGAGGGACAAAUCUCGCGAAUACCACGUGUCGUUCGCGAUAGUACAAUGCAAGACUUCGCAAAGUACAGGGGGAACGUGCAGGAGUGUGUGAAGGCGAUGGCCCGCGACGCGCUCGGGACAGAGCAAAAGGGGAUCGACAGGAUAACCCUGAAACGGAAAUGGGCUGCGUCGCAGGAGGAAGCGAAUGCAGCCGCUGGUCCAAGUUCUGGUACGGGGUCGAAAGAUGCGGAGUCGUCGCGGGGUCUCAAGAGUGCACGCACUGCUGUUGCUACACCCAAGAAACCGAGCUCCAUGGUUGGCUCCCAGAAGCCACGAUUCGCUGUACCUAAAACUCCUGGAACUGCACGUCCAAUGUCGCGCGUUCCACCGACGACGAUGGGAACUCCCAGUCCACACAAAGCAGCUCCCGGGAAAUUCUCCUUGUUCUCCAAACCGGGAUCGCGACCCGUUUCACCCUCAAAGCUUCCAUCCCCGUCGAAAGCAUCUCAACCAAUCCACCAUGUACGCACAGUCCGUCCACCAUCUUCAAGCAUCUUCAAUCCGGUUCUACCCCCUCAGCCACGCUGGCCGAGGAAAGACGAAAACAUGAUGAGUGUCAAUGGCUCGCCACUAGCCAAUCCCUACCAACUUGGCUUGAAUGGCUACUUUAAGACAGUAGCAGGAGGCGAUGGCAAUUCCCUUGGCGACACUGAUGGCAGUGACACGGAGCCUCCGCGACAUGUCAACGGCACACAGAUGCUCAAGAAGAAGAGCAGCAUCAUCAUACGCUCCUCGACUUCGUCCCAUCUGUCCCAAGGUGGACACUCAAGAACGAACUCGCAGUCGAGCCUUGCACAGUCUCAGGCGUCUCGGUCUACCCACUCUCGCAACGUCUCGCAAACGGGCACGAAUGGCUUCGUCCCGAAUCGCACGAACCAUGCACCAAACGGCGACGACGCUCCCGAGCCGGCCACGUUGCUGUCAUUAUCCGCGCUCGUCUCCGUUCCGACGAAGGACGGACACGUCUUGGAGUUUGACCCUCUGCGCACGUCGCCGGAGGAGAUCGACGCACUGGAAGGCAUAACGGACAGCGCGAAGAAGCAAGCCAAGGAGGACAUGGCGCGCCUGAUACAGGCCGCGAUGGACAGAUGGAAGAUCAGCUAG